AUGCUGGAGUCCUAUGUGACUCCUAUUUUGCUGAGUUAUGUCAAUCGCUACAUAAAGAACUUGAAGCCUUCAGAUCUGCAGCUCUCGCUCUGGGGAGGAGAUGUUGUGCUUAGUAAGCUUGAACUGAAGUUGGAUGUGCUUGAACAGGAGCUGAAACUACCAUUUACUUUUCUAAGCGGGCAUAUUCAUGAACUUCGGAUUCACGUGCCAUGGACAAAAUUGGGAUCAGAACCAGUUGUCAUCACUAUCAACACAAUGGAAUGCAUUUUGAAAUUAAAGGAUGGAGCUCAGGAAGAUCAUGAAAGUUGUGGUUCCAGUUCAACAAACCGCAGUACCACGGAAAGCAUGAAAUCAGCAGUAAAACCACGUCGAGUUCAGCAGUCUGCUUCUCCUGACCCUGAUUUACCUCCAGGUUAUGUUCAAAGUUUGAUUAGGCGCGUUGUGAACAAUGUCAACAUUGUGAUCAAUAAUCUCAUAUUAAAAUAUGUGGAGGAUGAUAUUGUUCUCUCAGUCAAUAUCACUUCUGCAGAAUGCUAUACAGUGGAUGAGUUUUGGGAUCGAGCGUUUAUGGACAUCUCUGCCACCGAUCUGGUACUGAGAAAGAUGAUCAACUUUUCUGACUGUACAGUAUGUCUUGAUAAGAGAAAUGCUAGUGGCAAAAUUGAAUUUUACCAGGAACCUCUGCUGUACAAAUGUUCCUUCAGGACUCGUCUGCAUUUUACGUAUGAUAACCUCAACUCCAAAAUGCCAUCUAUUAUUAAAAUUCACACAUUAGUUGAAAGUUUGAAACUUUCAAUCUCUGAUCAGCAGCUUCCUAUGUUUAUACGUAUAAUGCAGCUUGGGAUUGCUCUUUAUUAUGGAGAAAUAGGCAACGUCAAAGAUGGGGAAAGUGAAGAUUUGAUUUGCCACUCUCAAGAUAUGUUGGGAAAUAUCACAGGCUCAGAAGAUGAAACAAGCUCAGUAAUGCAAUAUCCAACACAGUAUAUUAAUCAAGAUCCUUAUUUGCAUCAAGACGAUGACCAGCAGCAGGGAUGGGUUUCUUGGGCUUGGUCUUUUGUUCCUGCUAUUGUGAGUUAUGAUGAUGAAGAGAAUGAUUGUAGUGGAAUUGAUGAUGGAACGCCGCUACAUCAGCAGAAAUCUCAGUCCCUCAAGGAUCCUGUUAUUUCAGUUGGCUUUUACUGUACAAAGGCAACAGUGACUUUUAAGCUCACUGAAAUGCAAGCUGAAAGUAGUUAUUACAGCCCUCAGAAAGUAAAAUCCAGAGAAGUUAUAUGCUGGGAACAAGAAGGAACCACAGUUGAGGUGCUGAUGAAGGGUGAACUUUUCUUUGAUUGCCAAAUAGGUUUUGUUGGCUGCCAAGCUACGUGCCUUAAAGGAAUUAUGGGAAUUAAAGACUUUGAAGAGAACAUGAGUAGGAGUGAUGAAGAGGCCUACUUCUUUAAUUGCGGAGAAAAUUUGAGUGCAAAAGGGAUGACGUACCUUACGAAUUCACUAUUUGAUUACAGAAGUCCAGAAAAUAAUAGUAUUCGUGCAGAAUUUAUAUUGGAUGCAGCUCAUCAUAAGGAGACAUACACAGAGAUAGCUGGAAUGCAGAGGUUUGGGGCUUUCUACAUGGAUUACUUGUACACAAUGGAAAGCACUGGUGGCAAAGUUUCUGGGAACCAGCAAGACUUUUCUUCCGUAAAGAGUGAAGAUAUUGGAAAUGUUCAGGAGAUGUCUACAAAAAGCCUCAUUGUGGGCCCACUCAAUCUUCGGUUGGAUAGCAGUGCAGUACACCGGAUAAUGAAAAUGAUAGUUUGUGCUCUGGAACAUGAGUAUGAGCCAUACGGCAGAACUAAGCCAGAUAUUAUGGAUGGAAAUAGAACUAUGCCAAGCUCAGAAGAAGUAGCAUCGUUGGAGGAAUACAUUCCCACUCGACUUACAACAUUCACUGUUCUUAAGUGUACAAUUGUAAUCCCUGUAGCAGAAUUCAAUUUACUAGACCACCUGAUGCCCAUAAUCAUGGGUGAGAAGAACUUAAGCGGACUGUUAAAUGCUGCAGCCUUCCAGCCCCUGCGGCCCUUGCCUUCCGUCCGAAUUCUGGUGGAUAAGAUUAACCUGGAGCACUCAGUGCCAAUGUAUGCCGAGCAACUGGUGCACACGGUCAGCAGCCUCGGCCAGCCAUCUGACAACCUGCUCCAUUACUGUUACUCACACUGCUAUCUGAAGAUAUUUGGUUUUCAAGCAGGACUGACUUCUUUGGACAGUAAAGGAUUGUACUGCUUCCCUGUUCCAGUUAUCCCAUCAUUCAGUACUGCUGUUUAUGGCAAGCUGAUCAAGUUUCCCAAAUAUUGGACCAAGCGAGCUCAUGUCCCGCUAACAGAAUGCAUAUUUGAGCUUCCUAAUUUGACAGUUCAAGCAACUAGAGCUCAAACCCUUCUGCUUCAAACUAUUUAUCAGAGCUGGUGUCAUCCUGUUGGAAAUGUCAGUUCGGUGGUGGUAAAUGAAGCUUUACUGAAUGAGGUUUUCCAAACUUCAGGUGUGAAAUCUAAGAAUCCCCUGCCAACUCUUGAGGGCUCAAUCCAGAAUGUUGAAUUGAAGUACUGCGGCACAUCAUUGGUCAAAUGUGCCUCUGGGACCGUGGGAUCAAUAAAAAUUUGUGCCAAAGCCCCAGGUGACGGUGGAAAAGAGAAGCUGAUUCCUUUAAUUCAAGGCCCUUCUGACACCAGAGACUUACACAGCAGUAAAUGGCUCAAUGAGAGCAGGAAGCCAGAAUCUCUCUUAGCUCCAGAUUUGGUAGCCUUUACAAUCCAAAUUCCACAGUAUAUGGACUACUGCCAUAAUUCUGGUGCAGUACUCUUGUCCAGUGUACAAGGAUUAGCAAUUAAUGUUGAUCCAGUCCUGUAUACUUGGCUUACCUACCAACCUCAGAAACGAGCUAGUAGACACAUUCAGCAGCAGUCUGUAGGAACUGUUCCACUUGGUGUGUCAGUAACUCGAAAAAAAGAGGAUGAAGCAUCGGUUGGAAGUGCACCUUUGGCAAGGCAGCAAUCAAAUCAAGCCUCUGAGUAUGCCAGCAGUCCUGUCAAAACAAAAACAGUAACAGAAUCUCGUCCUUUGUCACUUCCUGUGAAAACCGUGCUGAACACAUCUGAAAGCUGCAGAAGUCCUGAAGAAAGAAUGAAGGAAUUUAUUGGAAUAGUGUGGAAUGCAGUUAAGCGCCUGACACUUCAGCUUGAAGUGCAGUCCUGUUGUGUAUUCCUUCCGAAUGAUAGCCUGCCUUCCCCAAGUACUAUUGUGUCAGGCGACAUUCCUGGGACUGUGCGCAGCUGGUACCAUGGGCAGGCGAGUAUGCCUGGCACACUUGUCGUCUGCUUGCCCCAGAUAAGGAUUAUGAGUGCUGGACACAAACACAUGGAACCAUUGCAGGAAAUCCCAUUCGUUGUGCCGAGACCCAUCCUGGAAGAAGGUGAUGCUUUUCCAUGGACUAUCAGUCUGCAUCAUUUCAGUGUAUAUACUCUUCUUGGACAGCAGAUGACACUUAAUUUAGUGGAACCAAUGGGCUGUACUUCUACUUUAGCUGUUACUUCACAGAAACUGCUUGCUUCGGGGCCAGAAUCCAGACACUCAUUUGUUGUCUGCCUACAUGUCGACCUUGAGUCCCUUGAAAUAAAAUGCUCCAACCCCCAGGUGCAGCUUCUGUAUGAACUGGCUGAGAUCGCAAGUAAAGUUUGGAAUAAAAUUCAGAGGAAAGGAAUUCUAUAUCAAUCUUCUGUCUAUACCGAAACCAUGACAGGACCUGCUCCUCCUAGCUCUCCAGUUAAAAGCAGUGUUGGUACCGCUCCACCAGACACCAGUACCUACAGCCCAUCUGCUGACGUUGGGACCACUACAGAGGGUGAUUCUCUUCAGGGUGGUGAUGAUUCUCCUUUCUCAGACUCCAUUACAUUGGAACAAACAACAAGUAAUAUUGGAGUCUCAAGUGGACGUGUCAGCCUCUGGAUGCAGUGGAUGUUGCCAAAAAUUACUAUAAAAUUGUUUGCUCCUGAUCCUAGAAAUAAUGGCACAGAAGUUUGUGUUGUCAGUGAGUUAGAAGAUCUCAGUGCCUCAGUGGAUAUGCAGGAUGUCUAUACCAAAAUCAAAUGUAAAAUAGAAAGCUUCAAUAUUGACCAUUACAGAAACAGGCCAGGGGGAGACUGGCAGUCAGGACAUUUUGAAGGAAUAUUUCUACAAUGCAAAGAAAAGCUUUUGACAACUGCAAAACUUUUAGAUGGCUCACACCAACAACAUGGAUUUCUUUCUCUCACUUACACCAAAGCUGUGACAAAAAAUGUCCGACACAAACUGGUAUCAAGAAAUGAACGAAGAACGUUCCGUAAGCUAUCAGAAGGUCACACGGAUGGUUCUCCUCACUUUCUUCAUGAGAUCCUUCUCUCUGCCCAGGCCUUUGAUGUGGUUCUCUGUUUUCCUUUGCUUAAUGCGAUUGCAAGCAUUUUUCAAGCCAGGUUGCCCAGGAGUCAAAAGGAGAAAAGAAAAUCACCAGGCCAACCAAUGAGGACUCAUGCUCUAACUUCCCGCAACUUGCCUCUGAUUUAUAUCAACACUGGUGUAAUAAGAGUCUUCUUUCCCAAAAAUGAGGAAGAUCGUCAUACUGCAGAAGCUAAUCCAGCAAUUAAAGAAGACACUUUGGUUCUCAAGAUUGGAUCUGUUUCCAUGGCUCCUCAGGCUGACAACCCUCUUAGUAGAGCUGUGCUCAGAAAAGACAUUUAUCAGAGAGCACUGAAUCUAGGAAUACUUCGAGACCCUGGAUCAGAGGUUGAAGACAGACAAUAUCAAAUAGAUCUUCAGUCUAUAAACAUUGGUACUGCUCAUUGGAAUCAGUUGAAACCAGAGAAGGAGAAUGGAAAAGGAGGGGUUUUGACAGAGAGUGAAAGAAAUUCUCAAAAUCCAGCACUUGAAUGGAACAUGGCUAGUAGCAUCAGGCGUCAUCAGGAGAGGAGAGCCAUUUUAACUCCAAUUUUAACAGAUUUCACAGUUCGGAUAACUGCAGCUCCUGCAAUUAUUUUUACAAAAAUUGAUGCUGCAGAGAAUUUACACCCAGAGGAAAUUCUGGUGUGUGGUCAUUCUUUGGAGGUGAAUGUAACAACAAACCUGGAUUUCUUCCUCAAUGUGGCUCAAGUACAACUUCUUCAGCAGCUGCUGCAAGCCAACAUGGUUGGACUGGAAACUUCCAGUAGCACCACUGAGGUUUCCAAACAAGAGCAGAAAAAAAUGGAUGUGUCUGAUGGAGGAACAGUCGAGACUUCUUCCCGUUAUAGUGGGGCACAAGACAGUGGAAUUGGCAGCGACAGUGUUAAGAUCAGAAUCGUUCAGAUUGAGCAGCAUAGCGGUACCAGCCAGCACCGUAUCGCCCGUCCUUCCCGCCAGUCUUCCAUCGUGAAGAACCUCAAUUUCAUUCCUUUUGACAUUUUUGUUACAGCAAGUCGAAUCUCCGUGAUGACUUACUCAUGCACUGCCUUACCUAAAUCAAAAUCAGUACAAGAUCAGAAAGAUGGUGAGAAAAUAAGCAAAAGCUCCUUGAACCUUCCGGAAGCGGGCUCAGAUGGCAGCCAUGAUACCAAGAAGCCCAGUGAGCCAUGCAUUUCCUCCGUCACAGCGGACGAUCUGUUGAACAGUAAUGUUCCUCUGUCUGCUGGGAGAAAAACAGGGCUUUUGUCACUGGAAAGUCUGCAUGCUUCCACAAGAUCGUCUGCUCGACAAGCCCUGGGUAUAACUAUUGUUCGGCAGCCUGGUCGCAGGGGAACGGGGGACAUAGAGCUCCAGCCGUUUCUCUACCUUGUCGUAUCGCAGCCCUCUGUGCUCCUGAGCUGCCACCACAGAAAGCAAAAGGUAGAAAUAUCAGUGUUCGACGCUGGUCUUAAAGGAGUGGCCUCAGACUACAAGUGUACAGAUCCUGGGAAGUCUCUACCAGAAGCUCUAGAUUAUUGCAAGAUUUGGUUGCAGACAGCAGCAGGAGAGUUAGAUGCUAAAAGUGGUAUUCCACCUCCUCUUAUCACUGUGCAAAUUAAAGACUUCCUUAAUGGACCAGCUGACAUAAAUGUGGACAUAUCAAAACCUUUGAAAGCACAUCUCAGUUUUGUCAGACUUGAUCAAAUAAACCAGUUUUUGAAGAAAAUCAUAACAACAAAUGAUGAUGAGCCCAGGAAGGAGGCUGUUCCGUCAGCUGGCAUUAUUCCAGAUGAGGAUGUCACUUCGAUAACCAAACACUGCAGUGCGAAGGAUUUGCUGCCUGCAGCGCACACCACCGCUGCGCAAAAGGCUUCGGUGCAAGAAAACUUGUGGCGAGCUCUUUCCUGCUUCCAGAAAAUUGCCAUUCACACCGUUCAAAUGGUUAUUUCGAUGGAAACCAUCCCACAUCCCAGUAAACCUUGUUUGUUAGUCUCUUUAUCAAACCUCAGUGGGAGCCUGAAUAUUAAAAGUGGACAUAAAACUGCAGGAAUCCAUGGGUCAUCUUUUGUCCUUGAUGUAAAAGACUUCCUGCUUAAAACAAGUCUCAAAGAAAGAGCCAGAUCUCUCAUGGGCCCUUUUUGCUGUUCUGUUAAUGUGGAAGCCAAGUGGUGUAAGCACAGUGGUGAUCCUGGCCCAGAGCAGUCUAUCCCAAAAAUAUACAUCGAUUUGAGAGGAGGAUUGCUGCAGGUUUUCUGGGGUCAAGAGAAUUUGAACUGUUUAGUUCUCCUCCAGGAGCUUCUGUGGCAGUACCUCACUAAAAAGGGCAGUGUAGAGACACCGAUACCUGAACAUACACACCUUACUUGUUUUUCGAUGGAAAGGAAUCGGGCCUCAAAAACUGAGCAUACCUCAGAUGAUCUGAGAACAGGCCUGUUCCAGUAUAUACAAGAUGCAGAAGCACAAAAACUGCCCAGUGCCUAUGAAGUUGUGUUUUACAAUGAAACUGAGGAUAGUCCAGGAAUGAUGAUGUGGAGAUACCCAGAACCCAGAGUGCUCACUCUUGUAAGAAUUAACCCUGUUCCUUUUAAUACCACUGAAGACCCAGAUAUUAGCACUGCUGACCUUGGAGAUGUUCUUCAGAUUCCUUGCAGCUUGGAGUACUGGGAUGAGCUUCAGAAAUCAUUUGUUGCAUUCCGGGAAUUCAGUCUGUCAGAAAGCAAAGUCUGUGAACUACAGCUUCCCAGUAUCAACCUUGUGAAUGAUCAGAAAGAGCUCAUAGCCUCCGAUCUUUGGAGGAUUGUCCUGAACAGCAGUCAGAAUGUGGCUGAUGACCAAAGCUCAGAAAGCGAAUCUGGCUCACAAAGCGCGUGCGAUCAGCUUGUAACCCCCACGGCAUUAGCAGCCUGUACCAGGGUUGACUCCUGUUUUACUCCUUGGUUUGUGCCAUCACUAAGUGUGUUGAUCCAGUUUUCUUAUUUGGAAGUCCACCUCUGCCAUCACCUUGAUCAGCUAGGCACAGCACCACCAAAGUUUCUUCAGCCGUUUUUAUCUGAUAAGAACAUGCCAUCUGAACUAGAAUACAUGAUAAUUUCCUUUGAUGAACCUCAUGUAUAUCUUCGUCAGUGGAGAGAUGAGUCAAUGUUCCAGGAGAUACAGUUUUCAACUCAAGCUGACUGUAAACUUUUGGAGUGUCGAAACGUGACUAUGCACAGUGUUGUGAAACCUUUCAAAAUCUGGGGGCAGAUUACUGUUUCCAGCAGCACCGUAGGAAGGCUAUUGGACUGCACGAUAACGGUGGACCCCAUUUUCAUCAACUUUGGCCAAUAUGCACUUCAUUCUCUAAAUACAGCAAUUCAAGCUUGGCAGCAGAACCAAUGCCCUGAGGCAGAGGAGUUGGUCUUCAGCCAUUUUGUGAUCUGUAAUGACACACAAGAGACACUGCGGUUUGGCCAGGUGGAUACUGAUGAAAAUAUUUUGCUGGCUAGUCUCCACAGUCACCAGUACAGCUGGCGCUCUCACAAGUCCCCACAGCUGUUACACAUCUGUAUUGAAGGCUGGGGAAACUGGCGAUGGUCUGAACCGUUCAUUGUGGACAAUUCGGGGACUUUUAUUCAGAUCUGUAAUAACACUGCAGUCAUUCUGCCUGCGUUGGCAGAAGCCGGAGCAUGUGGUGGACAUAACAUGUUCAUCUUACGGAUAUGGCAGAGUGCUUUACGUUGCGCAACAGAAAUGCAGCUGAUGAGACAAGAACAUUGCCUGGCGUCACUGAAAGCCCUGCUGAGAUUUUGCUUAAUCCUAAUCUGUGGAAGACAGACAGUCUGUAGUUACCUUUCCGAAAGUAUUGAACUGAAAGUGGUUCAGCAUUACAUUAGUCAGGAUGGACAGGCCGUUGUUAAAGAACACAUCAACUGCCUUGCAGCCAAGCAGAAGUUGCCUUCGUAUGUCCUAGAAAACAAUGAGCUCACCGAGCUGAGUGUGAAAGCUACAGGAGAUGAAGACUGGUCCCGAGAUGUAUGUCUAAGUUCUAAACACACAGAACACAGCACUGUCAUUCAGGUGCCAUCUUCAAAGAGUUCAAUUACAUACGUGUGGUGCACAAUUUUGACAUUAGAACCCAACUCUCAUGUGCAGCAACGAUUAAUCGUUUUCAGCCCUCUCUUCAUUGUAAGGAGCCAUCUUCCAGACCCAAUUAUCAUACAUUUAGAGAAAAGAAGUCUGGGACUGAAUGAAACGCAAGUGAUUCCAGGGAAAGGACAGGAGAAAGCACUUCAAAAUAUAGAACCUGAUCUUACACACCACCUGACAUUUCAAGCCAGGGAGGAAGAUGAUCCAUCAGAGUGCGCAGUCCCUAUCUCAACCACACUAAUUAACCAGAUAGUGACGAAAUCCCACCCAGGUGGCAAUGUCAACGAAAUACUGUCCGAGUUCUAUGGCACCGCUAGUACUCACCAGCCUGCAUGGCCGUAUAAUAGGAAGGAUUCAGACAGCAGUGAACAAUUGUCCCAAUGGGAUAGCCCAAUGCGAGUAAAGCUGUCGGUGUGGAAACCGUGUGUUAAAACUCUGCUGAUAGAACUCCUGCCCUGGGCUUUGCUUAUCAAUCAGUCCAAGUGGGACCUCUGGCUGUUUGAAGGAGAGAAGAUUGUUCUUCAAGUACCUACUGGGAAAGUAAUUAUACCUCCCAACUUCGAGGAAGCUUUUCAGGUUGGAAUAUACUGGGCAAACACUAACACGGUGCACAAAUCAGUGGCAAUUAAACUGGUUCAUAAUGUGACCUCCCCGAAGUGGAAGGAUGCUGAUAAUGGGGAAGUAGUAAUGUUGGACGAAGAAGGUUUUGUUGAAGCUGAAAUAAAACUUGGUGCUUUUCCAGGUCAUCAAAAGUUGUGUCAGUUCUGCAUUUCUUCGAUGGUUCGACAGGGUAUACAAAUUCUGCAGGUAGAAGAUAAGACAACAAUAAUCAAUGAUACAUCAUAUCAAAUCUAUUAUAGGCCACAGCUUUCUAUUUCCAAACCUCACUCAGGAGAAGAGGACUUCCACUCACCAGACAGUACGGUGUUCAGCGUCAGUCCAGCCGGGGCACCAGCCAGCGCGGCGCUGAGCGCUGUGCCCUGCUGGGACCUGAUGUCGGACACCAGUCCCUUAACCCUGGGGAUGCCUCUUACCGAAAAGCGCCUACUGCUGAGUUUUAGCCCAGGCAGCUGCGCUGGCAGCUGCGAGCUGUGGAGCCUACCAGCUGUCAUUAAACAGGACUUCCCUAGACAGAGCGUGGCGGUGCCCACAGGAGCAUGUAGUGAAAGUGGAUUUUGUACCAGAGCUAUAGCACUGACUUAUCAAGAGCACCUUGGCGUGACAUACCUAACACUUACAGAAGAUCCUAGUCCUCGUAUAAUUAUCCACAAUAGGUGCUCUGUUCCAUUGCUUGUAAAAGAGAACUUAAAAGAUACACCAAGGACUGAAGUUUUUUGUAGAAAGAUUCCAGCUGAAUGUUCGGUUCAUCAUGAACUUUACCAUCAAGUCUCCAGCUAUCCAGAUUGCAAAACAAGAGAUUUGUUACCCAGCAUUCUUCUGAAAGUCAUGUCGUCCAAUGAUUUAGUAAAUGAGUGGACUGAUUUUGUGGACAUCAACAAUCAAGGAACACAAAUUGUGUUCUUAACUGGCUUUGGCUAUGUUUAUGUGGACAUUGCCCAUCAAUGUGGAACAAUAGAUGACAAAAAGCAUUGCCAAACAAUGAUGAGAGACUUCUUUUCCCUCCUGCCUAGAAGUCAAGAGCAGACCCUGUCACUGAGAAUGUUCAUCAGUCAGUUAAGUCUUGCUGCAUUUGAUGAUAUUACAAACCACAAAGUGUCGUCUGAACUUCUGCGUCUCACAGCAGACAACGUUUUCCUCCACAUGGCCCCAGCCACCAGCUACCCGAGACCACUGUCGCAGGAACUCCAGCGGGACGCCAUGGAAGGCCUGCCACAAUUCCAUAGUCUCCAAGUGUAUUGUGAAGACUUGCAACUGGACAAUCAGUUGUACAGCAAAUCCAAUUUCCAUUUUGCCGUCCUGCUGUGCCAAGGAGAGAAAAAUGAGUCCAUGCAGUGGUCCAGAGUGAACAACUUCAUUGUUUGUAACAAAGAUUUGGAAAGCUAUAAGGAGAACUGCUUUAUAAAACUCUGCAUUGCUUUUUCCGAGGAAGAGAAUUUCAUGUUUCAUGUGAAUGACCUCAGCUUUGAGCUCAAACCAGCUAGGCUGUAUGUGGAAGACACCUUUGUUUACUAUAUUAAGACUUUGUUUGAUACAUAUCUUCCAGAAAACAAAACUGCUUGUCAGUCCGUGAAUACUUCAGAUACUACCCUGAUAGUGCCUGAACAAGUGAGGGAGCAUGCAAGAGCUUUAGUCAAGCCAGUGAAGUUAAGAAAAUUAACAAUACAACCUGUUAAUCUCCUUGUCAGUAUUCAUGCUUCAUUGAAACUGUAUAUAGCCUCAGAUCACACCCCUCUCUCCUUCUCUGUGUUUGAGCGGGGACCCAUCUUCACCACUGCCAGGCAACUUGUCCAUGCCUUGGCUAUGCAUUACGCUUCUGGAGCACUCUUCAGAGCAGGCUGGGUUGUCGGAUCGUUGGAAAUUCUCGGAAGCCCGGCUAGCCUGGUGAGAAGCAUAGGGAACGGCAUAGCCGAUUUCUUUAGGCUCCCCUACGAAGGGCUGACCAGAGGCCCAGGAGCGUUUGUCAGUGGAGUUUCCAGAGGAACGACAUCGUUUGUAAAACACAUUUCCAAAGGUACACUGACGUCAAUUACCAAUCUGGCAACGAGCCUUGCUCGGAAUAUGGAUAGGCUGUCGCUGGAUGAGGAGCAUUACAACAGACAAGAAGAAUGGAGAAGGCAGCUUCCAGAGAGCCUGGGAGAAGGACUGAGACAGGGGCUCUCUCGUUUAGGCAUUAGCCUGCUAGGUGCAAUUGCUGGGAUUGUGGAUCAGCCAAUGCAGAAUUUUCAGCGAGUGUCUGAGGCCCAAGCUUCGGCCGGGCAUAAAGCCCGAGGGGUCAUCUCGGGUGUGGGGAAAGGAAUCAUGGGUGUCUUCACAAAGCCCAUCGGAGGGGCUGCUGAGCUCGUCUCCCAAACAGGUUACGGUAUUUUGCACGGAGCUGGACUUUCUCAGCUUCCCAAGCAGCGCUCUCAUCCAAAUGAUCAACAUGUUGAGCAGGCUCCAAAUAGCCACGUCAAAUAUGUCUGGAAAAUGCUUCAGUCUCUAGGAAGGCCGGAGGUCCAUAUGGCCUUAGACGUCAUGAUUGUGAGUGGAUCAGGCCAGCAGCAUGAAGGCUGCUUGCUGCUCACCUCAGAGGUGCUCUUUGUGGUCAGCAUCAGUGAAGAUACGCAGCAGCAGGCAUUCCCCGUGACCGAAAUCGAUUGUCUGGAAGAUGAUCAGCAAAAAGACCUGCUGAAGGUGCAGCUGAAACAACAGAGAGUGCCUUCUGAUUUGGAGGCAGAUGGAGCUAGAGAGAGAUUAUCGGAGCAACAAUACAACCGCCUUGUGGACUACAUCACAAAGACAUCUUAUCACCUCGCGCCCAGCACCGCGACGGUGCCAGCACUGCAAACUGCGGCUACCGAACACCUUCCGACAAUAACAAAAACGUAUCAGUAUGUAGUGGAUCCAAAUUUUGCCCAAGUAUUCAUCAGCAGAUUCACCAUGGUGAAAAAUAAAGCCUUGAGGAAAGGGUUUAAUUAAUUACUGUUUGUGGUGAGUAUAGCAAGGCCUUACCAUUUUGAAAGCAAUGCUUUCUCUGCAGCAACCUACAUCAAGUAG